GACAGAUUCCUACCCUGGCCGGCACCCUGUCGUAGUCUCGUGGAACAAACUUCUUGGCUAGCCAGGAAAUAAGAAACGAUGACCAUGGGCUGGUGCCUCAGCAUGCCCAGCUUUCUAUAAUACUCCUCCAUCUCUCCCUUCUCUUCCUUUGCAUGCUCUAUUUUUGCUUGUUGUGGUGGUAGCGUGUUUCUUUCAUUCGUUCCUUUUCGACGCACGUUGUAUAUACCCAAUUAGCCGACACCGGGUGUCAGUUAAUCCUUCUCUUCUUGCAGUCAGCUUUGAUAUUACGGUCUGGAACCUUUUUUUUCGACGCUUUACGUCUUACGCUUUACUUCGACUCCCGUACGCUCCAGGUGCCUGGUUAUAUCAUCCCGCAUAUCCUUACCGAAUCCGAGAUUUCGCGGCGAAGCUUCAAUAUCAACUAUCAACAUGCUGAUGAAGACUGCUCUUACUGCCCUCUUGGGCUUGGCCAUGGUCACCGACGCAGCCAUUGUGCCCAACACUGACUUCUCGUCACUCGAGCAAAGGCAGAACCGUGGCGGUAAAUUUGGUGGUGGUGGAAACCGCAACCAGGGUGGAAAUACGGGAAACAAUGCCAACAAGGGAGGCAAUAACCAACAACAAGCUAAUACCUGUCUGGCCCCGGGUGCCAUUCAGACGGGUUCUGCAUCGACGGGUCAGAGCGGUGCUGGGGCGGCAGAUGGCCAGGUCAACUCCAAGACGGACAAAGCCAACUUCAUCAACUUCUGUAAUGGCCAGACCUUGACGAACGGUCAACAAAUCAAGUCUGGCUCCUGCAACGGCAUUCCCAUGGGCAAAAUUCCUUCCACCGACCGGAUGAUUUCCGCCGUUAUCCUCAACCCCAAGAACAACGACAAUAUCCAGGCCAGCAAGACCUUCACCAUCCAGGUCAAGUUGAAUAACAUUGCGCUGGGUUCUUUUACCAACGCUACCAGCACUUACUACUCAGCUCCUCAGGACGUCGACGGCUCUGGUAGGGUUAUUGGUCACACCCACGUCACCGUUCAGAACACGGGCAACACAUUGAACCCCACAGAGCCGCUCGAUGCUCGACAGUUCGCCUUCUUCAAGGGCAUUAAUGAUGCCGGCAACGGAGCUGGUACUCUGUCGACCGACGUGACGGGAGGUCUCCCCGCGGGCAACUAUCGUAUCUGUACCAUGACCUCGGCGUCCAACCAUCAGCCUGUUCUUAUGCCUGUUGCGCAGAGAGGUGCCCAGGAUGACUGUCGGUACUUUACCGUUUCCAACAACGGCGGCGGCGGUGGCGGCGGCGGCAACAACAACAACAACAACAACAACAACAAAAACAACAACAACGGUGGCAACAACGCCAAUCAGAACAACAACAGCAACAACAAGAACACGGGUGGCAACAAUACUGGCGGCCGGAACAGGAACUCAGGCAAAAACGUUGCCACUAGCCAAGCCAUCGCCGGCAUCUCCGCCCCCGCCGUCACCAACUCGGGCAACUCUCAGCGUCCCUUCGCCGUCAACGGAGCGACCUUUGUCAACAAGGCCGCCGCCGUCCAGCGCGCCUGCGCGAUCCAGAACAAUGCUUGCGCGAAUGCCGUUAAUAGCGGCAAGGCGUCCGGUGUCACGCUUCAGCAGUGUAACGCUCAAGAAACUGCUUGCAGGGCAGCUGGCGGUGCUUAAUUCAUUGCUUUCAAGCAAGGGGACCUAUGGGCCAAGCUACAUCACUGAAGCGAAGCAAAGUUGAAGCUCGGCUUUUUGGGGGUAUUACGAUCGUGGUAAGGGUCCGUUGAUUGCUCUUAAACACCGUGUUGUUGAGUCUUUUUUGUUUGAGAGGGGGGAGGGGGACCGGGAGUUCAAGUUUCGUGUAUGAUAUAUAAACGAUGGAUACUACUUUCACAUAACCUUUUUUUUUUUUUUUGGUUUUUUUGCCGACGCAUCUGAGGGUAAGAGAUGGAUGCAUCAUACUGAUUUCCUAUGUCUACUGUUUGUGGACUCGUAUAUCUCUCCCCAUCAGUGAAGAAAAC